GAUAUUUUUUUCGAGAAUUGAUUUCAAUCAUUUGCAAGUAUGUGCUGUAUUUAGAAUUACACAUUGCAAAUUACUUAAUGUUUCCUUGGCAUUUAGCUAGACCAACAUUCAACACAUGAUGUCGCUCGAGACCAUAGAUGUGAAUGUAUCUAAAACUCCUCCUCUGUGCAUGAGAAAAUCCAAUCGUCAUCAGCCACAUACACAUUGUUGUGCGGGGGCGAGAAGGGAAGGACCCUAAACGGACGAAUACAGUUUCUGAUGGAAAGAUAUACGUUGUGGAUGUAUAAACUAUUGGAUUAAUUUCUAAUUUAUGCAUCAAAGAUGUAUAUCCGACGACUGAAGGAAUACGCCUGGAUUCAUGUUGUUGCACUGCUUUGUCUCGCUGACUGCUCUGCUUCGCAGUUAUCUUACUCCAUUUCCGAGGAGGUGAACAAAGGCACCGUCGUGGGGAACAUCGCAAAAGAUUUAAACAUCAAUGUUCAGGAUCUAGAGACACGAGAUCUGAGGGUCGUUUCGGGUUACAGUAAGAAAUAUUUUGACGUGAAUUUGCGGACCGGAAACUUCUUUGUUAACGAGAGAAUAGACAGAGAAGAGCUUUGUCCUAAUGCCGUAAAAUGUCCCAUCAAAUUACAAGCCGCUUUAAAUAACCCAAUGAAUGCGCAUCGCAUUGAGGUUAAUAUUCUUGAUGUAAAUGAUAAUUCGCCUUCUUUUAUUGAACAAACACAUUUACUUAACAUAUCUGAAUCGCUUUCACCCGGAGAGCGAUAUCUUCUCCCAGUUGCAAUCGAUGCAGACAUUGGAAGUAACACAGUAAAGUCUUAUAAGCUGAGCCAUAAUGAACAUUUCUCUCUUGAUGUUCAAAGCGGUGGAGAACACGGUGUGUCUGCAGAGUUAGUGUUGCAGAAAGCUUUAGAUCGAGAGAAAGAGCCGGUGAUUAAACUAGUUCUGACGGCUGUAGAUGGAGGUAAACCACCAAGAUCAGGGACUUUACAGUUAAUUGUUAACGUUAUAGAUGUUAAUGACAAUACACCUACUUUCAGUAAACCUCUGUACAAAGUGCGUGUCAAAGAAAAUGCGACUCAUGGGUCACUUGUUAUCAAGUUAAAUGCAACCGAUUUAGACGAGGGUAUGAACAGUAAUAUCCUGUAUUCAUUUAUCAAACGAGGACAUGUUGAUCCAUCAAGUAUUUUUGACCUAAAUUCAGAAACGGGAGAUAUUACUGUUAAGGGGACGUUAGAUUGUGAGGAGACACCUGCUUAUGAGGUCAGAGUUCAGGCAAUGGAUCGAGGCCCUGUUCCUCGUAGUUCACAUGCGAAAUUAUUGAUCGAGAUAAUUGAUGUAAAUGACAAUGCUCCAGAAAUAUCUGUCACGUCACUGAUGACGCCUGUAAAAGAAAAUGCUGAACUGGGGACAAUUGUUGCUUUUAUUACAGUAACUGAUAAAGAUGGAGGAAACAAUGGUGUAGCUAACUGUAAGGUAGAGGGCUCUGUUCCCUUUAAACUCAAGUCCAACUACAAAAAUGAUUAUUCAUUAGUAGUAGAUGGACCAUUGGACAGAGAAAGCACGUUUCUUUACAAUGUCACCAUUACAGCUACAGAUGAAGGAAGUCCACCUCUGUCCAGCAACAGGGUCAUUACUGUUCAUGUUUCUGAUGUCAAUGACAACGCACCUCGUUUCAUGGAGUCUGUGAUUAAUGUUUAUGUGAAAGAAAACAGUCCAACAGGAUCAAUAAUUCAUACAAUAAAUGCAUUUGAUCCUGAUUUAGACGAUAAUGCAAAGCUCACAUACACGUUAGUGGAUACUUCCCCCAAAAGUAUUCCAAUUUCAUCUGUUGUAAACAUGAACUCAGAGACUGGAGAUAUAAUCGGUUUACAGUCAUUUAACUAUGAGGAGUUAAAAACGUUUCAGUUCAAAGUUCAGACCACAGACUCUGGUGUUCCUCCGCUCAGCAGCAACGUAACGGUGAACGUUUUUAUCCUGGAUGAAAAUGACAACAGUCCCGUUGUUCUUGCGCCUUAUUCUGAGCAUGGCUCUGUUAACAGUGAGAGCAUCCCCUAUAAUGUUGAAGCGGGACACAUUGUGGCAAAGAUCAGGGCUGUAGACGCAGACUCUGGAUACAACGCGCUGCUUUCUUAUCACCUCUCUGAGCCCAAAGGAAACAACCUCUUUCGGAUCGGAACCAGCACCGGGGAAAUCAAGACUAAGAGGAGAAUGAGUGACAAUGAUCUGAAAACUCACCCCUUGGUGGUGCUGGUUUCUGAUAACGGAGAACCCUCCAUGUCAGCUACUGUGUCUAUAGAGGUGAUGGUGGUUGAAAACUCAGCUGACAUUCAGACUCAGUUCAGACAUGUGCCCAUAAAGGACGAAAGCUUCACUUCACUAAACCUGUAUCUGCUGAUCGCCAUUGUGUCGGUGUCAGCCAUCUUUCUGCUCAGCCUCAUCAGUUUAAUAGCUGUCAAAUGCCACAGGACAGACAGCAGUUUCAGCAGGUACAGCGCCCCCAUGAUCACCACCCACCCUGACGGGAGCUGGUCUUACUCUAAAGCUACUCAGCAGUAUGACGUCUGUUUCAGCUCAGACACGCUCAAGAGUGACGUAGUGGUUUUCCCCGCACCGUAUCCGCCUGUAGAUGCGGAGCUGAUCAGUAUUAACGGAGGAGACACGUAUACCAGGACUCAGACUUUACCUAAUACAGAGAAGGUGAGUUGUACACUGCAGUGAAUGUUUGGAUAAUUGACUUGGGAUUUCAUUAACGUCAAAUCACUUUCAGUAACAGACUGAGUUCACUUACGCCCUUUGGAUACAACGAAGGAACAUGUGAAAUGAC